GCGUCAUAUCUCGCCGCACAUAUAUGAUGCACGCUCGCACCGACGGUUUGUUUACUCGAGAACUGCGCGGGAGCACUGUCACAUACGAGCGCCAGUCCCAAGAUGGAUAUCCAAAGCAGGAAUCAGGAGCAAGAGCUGUCCACAUCGCCACCUGACAAGCCCAAAUUGAUGCAAGGCGGCAACUACAUCCGAGAAGGCAGAGAUUCAGCUAAAUCUACUUGGCUACUAUUUUCCCCUCAAACACCCGAUGAGGCUGGAUCAUUAGCAAAAUAUUUAAGCAUAUUUUCAGCUCAUGGAGUUAAUCUAAGUCAUAUAGAAUCUAGAUCUUCAGUGAGAAGACCAGGAUAUGAGUUCAUGGUGGAAUGUGAACAUGGCAUGGGAGAUUUCGGUGCCGCUUUGGAAGAGCUACAGAAAAAUGUGGGAUAUUUAAAUAUUAUAUCCAGAAAUUACCGAGAUAAUAGAUCUGCCGUUCCAUGGUUUCCCCGUCGUAUUCGAGAUUUAGACAGAUUUGCAAACCAAAUUCUGUCUUACGGAGCCGAGCUCGACUCUGACCAUCCAGGUUUUACGGACCCAGAAUAUCGUGCCCGUCGUAAAUACUUUGCUGACAUCGCUUAUAACUACAAAUAUGGUCAGCCACUACCACAUGUGGACUACACCAAGGAGGAAAUUGCCACUUGGGGUGCUGUGUUCAGGAAACUGGUCGAAUUGUAUCCCACACAUGCUUGCAAAGAACACAAUCAUGUGUUUCCUCUUUUGAUUGAGAACUGUGGCUAUAGAGAAGAUAAUAUACCACAAUUGGAGGACGUAUCAAACUUCCUAAAAGAUUGUACGGGCUUCACAUUGCGUCCAGUAGCUGGUCUUUUGUCAUCGCGCGACUUCCUGGCCGGCCUAGCGUUUAGAGUGUUCCACAGCACACAGUACAUAAGACACCACUCACGACCUCUGUAUACUCCAGAGCCUGACGUCUGUCACGAACUGUUAGGACAUGCCCCUCUCUUCGCUGAUCCAGCGUUUGCACAGUUCUCUCAGGAAAUUGGGCUAGCUUCUCUGGGAGCUCCUGAUGAUUAUAUUGAGAAAUUAGCUACGUGUUUCUGGUUUACCGUGGAGUUUGGUCUAUGUCGACAAGAUGGCAACCUGAAAGCGUUUGGCGCUGGCCUUUUGUCUUCCUUCGGGGAAUUACAGUAUUGCCUCUCAGACAAGCCGGAGCUCAAGGAGUUUGAUCCUGAAGUAACUGGCAUGACCAAGUAUCCCAUCACAGAGUACCAACCAGUUUACUUCGUGGCUAACAGUUUUGAAGAUGCUAAGGAGAAAAUGAUUAAAUUCGCCCAAACGAUACCCCGUGAUUUCGGCGUUCGGUACAAUCCGUAUACGCAGAGCAUUGAUAUUCUGGAUUCCUCGAAACAGAUGAAGGAUCUGUUGCGUGAAGUACACCAAGAAAUGGACUUACUCCUCAACGCUAUGGAGAAAUUAUAGGUGUAUUUGAGCGAAGGAGUUUAUAGAUAGGAUAGUAGGUAUAGAUAGUAGAAAAUGGUAUAUCAUUUCUUCUAAUUGCCCCGUGUCUGUUUCUAAGGUAUACCUGCUUUAAGAAUACGUCAACUACGUUUUAGUAUUAAAUUUUUUAAUAAAUUUUUAUCUAGUAUUACGAUAGAGUCGAGCAAGAUUGAGAACUCUAAGUUGAUUUCAAGACUAAGUGUUUUUUUUAAUAUAGCUAUGUAUAAUGUAUGCUAAAUUACAAUUAGUUUAAGUUAGGUAUUUAUUAAAGUGUACUUUUAUAAGCAAUUAAGUGUACAUUAAGUUAUUACAUUACUUUAAAUUGUUUACUUCCGUAAUUAAAUAUUUACUUACUUGA